GCCGGUUUCCUCGCGUCUUGGUCUAUGCUAUGACAAAAUGAGAGACCGACUCUUUGAGCUUCAUGAGCUAUCAAGGCUUUAUGGCCAACAUACUCCUAAUACAGAUGAUGGCUUCCAAUUAUCUCGUGAAACCCUUCUGUUUGAGACAGAUUAUGCCUUAGCAAAUCUUUACAAAGACAUUCAAGCAAUCCGAACAAACAAUAAUCACUUGAAAGGAGAUGUUCGUCGUCUGAGCAAACAAAAUGCCCGCUUUCUUACAUCUAUGCGCCGCCUCAGCAGCAUUAAACGUGAUACUAACACAAUUGCAAAAGACAUAAAGGCCCGUGGAGAAGAAAUCCACAGGAAACUUCAGGCUUUGAGAGACUUCAGCGAAGACGCAGAAACAAAAUAUGGUUCCAGCUCUAUCAUAGCCCGUGUAUCAAAGGACCACUAUGUUGAUCUAAUGCAUACUUUUCAAGAGGCUGUGUUUGAAUACAACGAGACAGAGAUGAACCAGCGGGAUAACUGCAAGAAUAGGAUUCAGCGACAGCUAGAGAUCAUGGGCAAGGAUGUGUCUGGGAACCAAAUAGAGGACAUGAUUGACCAAGGCAGGUGGGAUGUUUUCUCUGAGAACCUUCUGUCUGAUAUCAAGGGAACUCGUUCAGCCUUGAAUGAGAUAGAGACCCGGCACAAAGAGCUAAUGAAGUUGGAGUGUCGAAUAAAGGAGGUCCACGAGCUAUUCUUCCAAGUAGCACUGUUGGUGGAAGAGCAGGCUGACACGUUUAAUGUUAUUGAGCUCAAUGUGCAGAAUGUUGCAGACUAUGUUGGAGAAGCAAAAGGUGAAGUGAGAAGAGCCCUAGAAUAUAGGAGGAAACAUCCAUUCCGGACAAUCGUCUGCUAUUGUUUAAAAUGUUUUAAGGGAUGGUAACUACUGGUUGCCUUUAAAUCUCUAGAUCAACACUGUGGGGAGUGUUCAAAUUACUAUACAUUUUAUAAUAAAGUUGCUAGUAUCAUAGCCAGUUCAAUGCCACUUUCUUGGAGGAAAGAAAAGAGGAUGAAACUAAAGAACUAUAAAGGAACAGGAGUCUAGAUAGUAUAUUUUAGACCACUGUUGUACACCCAUGAUUCUAGAGUUCUGAUACACAC